AUGUCAACAAAAACAAAUAUUCAAAAAGAUUGGGAACAAAGAGAAUUUAUUGAAGAUAUGAGCAUUAAUAUUCAAAAGAUUGUUGAAUUUUUAAAUAAAUUUGAAUUAUCAACUAGAAAUAAAUUAUCAGAUCUCAAUGAAAAAUUAACCAUUUUAGAUAGACAAGUUGAUUAUUUAGAAGCAACAUUCAAGACUGUACAAGAAUAA